AUGACCGCUUUACCUAAAGAACAAGUAGAAGCUACUUUUAAAAGCUUGUUGCAAAAGAAACAUAAUAAAGGUUGUUUUGAUUGUAAUGCCAGAGGUCCUACAUGGGCUUCUGUCCCAUUUGGUGUCUUCAUAUGCCAAGAAUGUGCUGCUAGCCAUCGAAAUCUCGGUGUACAUAUUAGUUUUGUCAAGUCUACAUUACUCGAUGCAUGGACACGCGAACAGUUAGAUCUGAUGAUGGCAGGAGGCAAUGCCCACGCACGCGAAGCCUUUGGUGGAGCUGCUUCUAUAUCGGACAUCAAGUCAAAGUAUACAAGCAGAAGUGCAAUUGCCUACAAGACAAAGUUGCAGAGAAAAACUCAGCAUUUAGAACAGUCAAAAGAAAGUAAUGAUUUGAUUAAUUUUGAUCAACAACAACAACAACAACAAUCAUUGAUUGAUAUGGAUGAAAAAGAAGCAGAAUUAAAUAACUCUUUUCAACAACCAACUGAUUUUGAUGAAUUAGACAUAUUUAAGCCUGUAUCACCAACAGCGACAGCAACAACAAAAGCAUCUGUCUUUGACGAUCUUCUUUCUUUUCCUGAUACAAAACCUAACGAUACCACUCAGCCCACGGCUGAUCUUUUAUCUUCACCUAGUUAUGACCCAUUAGAAGAAUUUAUGACUAAGCCAGCAACGAAUACAGCAGUAGACGAUUUCUUUGAUCAGCUUGAGAAACCUGCAACAAAAAAAAGAACCAUAAAGCCUCCUAAAAGCCAUCAUACAAAGCUAGGAGCACGUAGAGUACAGAAUAAUGUGUUUCAACAACAAGCAGAACUUGCUCUUAAAGAAGAAAAGAUGAGAGCAGAAGGAUUAGAUGAAGAAACAAUAGGUAGAAACAGUCGAAAUCAAGCAUUGAAAACAGAUAAUUCAGUCUUUAUACCUAAAUUACAAUCACCUACAUCAACACGCUUACAGUAUCAAUCGCCUCAGCCUAAAAAAGAAGAGGAAAAACUAAAUGAGAGAUUAGGCAUCAUGACACUUUCUUCUAAGUCCAAGAAAGAAGAGCAAGACGAUGAAGAUCAUUUUGCGAGAGAAAAGUUUGGUAAUGCAAAAGCAAUAUCCUCUGAUCAAUACUUUGGAAGAAAUGAAUAUGAUCCGCAGCAAUCUGCUGCUCAAUCAUCCCGUUUAGCUCAAUUUCAGGGCUCACAAAGUAUUUCUUCAGAUCAAUAUUUCGGUAGAAAACCACCAAAAUACACUUCUUCUUCUACACCUAUUUCUAAAAAGAUCAUUAAAGCAGCUAGUAAGGGUGCUACUAAGCUACAAAACAUAUUAGCUGACUUGGAGUAA